ACGCGCGUAGGUAGGGGUGGGUGGCGCGGCGGAGCUAUCAGUGUGCCACGGCGCAACCGGACAGGCGUUUCGCGAUGGGGGUGGCUGGAUAGAGGCGCCUAACAGUAGCUGAGUCGCAUGAUCCCUUCAUUCGGGUUCGCACGGCUACCGUCGUCUCCGCUCGGCUCUCCGCUCAGUACUUCGCGUUUCGAAGAAGCGGCCGGCGAGUUUACCGAAGCGCUUCUGCCACUGCGCUUCCAAUCGUGUCACUGCGCGAGCUCUUUCUUUCUCUCUCUCUCCCUCUCUCUCUCACACUCUCACUCUCAUUCUCACUCUCACUCUCACUCUUUCUCUCUCCCCGUUUACGCGCGUGCAGUUUUCUCGCUCGACAGUCGCUCGGCGUUUCGCGCUUCCUCGCGCCCCACGCGGCUCCACGAUAACGUUCGCCAGCGAUCCCCAGUGAUCGAAGGGUUCUUCGACGAUCAACAUCGCGAGGCGAUCCCAUCUCUGCGAUCAUCAUAUACGUUCACGUUUGUUCGUUCAGUUCAGCUCGAACGAGCAUCGUGAGACGAUCGAGCGUCUGAAGUGUUCGAAUUCUGCCGAUAUUUUGGAGCAAAGUGCGUUAUCGUUGCGUUCACGUGUCGAUCCUGACUUGUGAUACCGCCACGAAUAUUCGAACGGAUUGUCCUGCCUCUUUUUUUUUCGCGAACGUCCGAACAAUUCGUUCGAGUUCACUGGAACGAGUGCACUGAAAGUGAAAGAUCAGGGAGAAGAGAGAACUGAGUGUGUGUUUGUCAACGAUCCCGAGUGGUUUCGUUCGAUUUUCCCGCGAUUUUCGCAACUACUACUACCGAAAACGCGGGACAUACGUGCAUACGUGUACGAGGAACGAGCGUGGGCUUGUCACCAGUGGAAACUCGUGAUCGCCCGAAUAGAAACUUCACGCUGAUCGUUAGAUUUCAGGGGCAAAUAGGGGUUCCGAUUGCUUUUAACAGCGAGAGAGCGGGAGCUUUGAUCCUCUGACUGGAAACCGCCAGUGGUGGUGUGUUGCCAACGCUACAUCGGAAAGGAACUUCAGUGGGAAGCACGAUGUCGCUUGUUUCGGAUGCGAGUUCGUUUCUGCGGUCGCGAUAGGUCGAGCGUAUCAGUGGACGGAAGGUUGACCCUUCGAAUAGCUGUAAACAGAUCGCAGACUGAUCGCGGGUGACUAGCGUAGAACGUCACGUCGAUACGAAUCGAUGUUCGAGCCGAGUGAUUCAAGUGAUAGUGCGUGCGUCCGUGCAUCUUGACCUCGUAACCAAACGUUUCCCGCGGACGAGAAACUUUCGUGCCUCGUGACCAUCGAAUCGAAGAUACAACGAAUCGCGUUAAAUAGAACGGGGGAACGUUUAAAUGUCAGGCGUGGCGGGUGUUCAAAAUGUUCGAUUCGUUAGGACCGACUCGUUUCACUGAUCAGACGAAGCCAAGUGGUGAUGGUAACUCGAAGCGAAGGAAGAACCACUCGAACUCUUCCUUUCCUGAGCAGCGAAUUUGCUAAUUAAAGCGAAUCAUUUGGCAUUCCACUGUGAAAUCGGUUAAUGUCGCCACGGCGUAGGGAUCGAGGUUGUUACGGUUCUCCGUUUGAGCGGUGUUCGCGUCGAGACACACGGCCACAGGUCUGACGAACAGCUGGCAAUCGAUGAGUCGUCUUUUCUCUGGCUGACGUUCACCCGGCACAGCGAUGUUCGUCGAAAGGGGGGAAUGAAGGGUCAUCCGGACAGCACGUAGGGACUGGCCCUUCUCGUUUUCGGAGAUGUGGCGCUAUCUGCAGUGCACUAUCUUCGGGCUUACCGUCGUCCUGCUGGCGAUUCAUGAGAUAGUCCUCGUGCGAGCUGGUGAACAAGAGAGGGAGGUCUGGUAUGAGGCAGCGACACGCGCGAUCGUAGCCCGUAUUCGCGCGUCGGCGGCAAGUUCGAGCGUCAGCGGGACGACGCCACCGGGUGGCGUGGCACGAGGCGUCGUUCUCUUCGUUGGCGACGGGAUGGGGAUGAGCACUCUCACGGCUGCGAGGAUCCUCUCGGGUCAGCGUCAUGGAAGCACCGGCGAGGAAGCGCAACUCGCAUGGGACAGCUUUCCAGCCGUGGCUCUGGCAAGG